UAUCAUCAGAUUAAACCACUAGAUAUUUAAUUUGAUUGAGUAUUAUUUUAGGAAACUUGUGGUUACUGGGUGAGUAGUCUCAAUCUUUAAAGCAUUCUUGUUGUUACCAAUUUAAUGUUUCUUGGAAUUUGUCAUAACCUGGUCUUCUCGCUUCUGUUUGGGCAGUUGUCAUCUUUUGUUAUACAUAGCUGCAAUUAAUGCCCUGUUUCAGUGAAUUUUCAGAUGUGGGGUCUUUUCCAACAUGCUUAAUUCCUUUUUAAUUGUGAAGGAAUUUGCAUAAAAGCUGUUACUAUUAAUUUAUAUAUAGUAGUAGAAGUAAAGGCUCAAGAUACAAUCAGUACUCUUAAAGUUAACUACCUGAUGAAGACAAUGGAGGAAGUAAAGAUUAGUGAAUUCUGCAAAUCUUCUUCAUACCAUCUGAACUUGGACACUGGGCUAGUGAAGAACUAUGUUGAGCUGAAGAGAAGACAAUUACAUUGCGGCAAACGCCAUGAUUCUACUGAGGAAGAGAUUAAUCCUGCUCAUGAGGAUCUGGUUAGAGAAAUUGCUCUUCUGGAGCUGGAUAUUAUAUGUUUGGAGAAGUAUCUUCUUUCAAUGUAUCGGAAAACAUUCGCGCAGCGGUUAGAAUCACUGUCCAUGAAGGAUGAUACAACAAAAACUAUUUCAACUCCCAAAGAAAUCAAGUUUGCAGAAGUCAAGGAGCAAAAUGGCAAGUUGAAGGAAAAUCCAAAAACUAAUACUAGUCCUAUUUUGCCACCUUUGAGUAAUCCAAUCAAAGAUUGUGAUGAUGACACACAAAAACUAAUUGACUCAACCAUUUUGAGAUGCCACUCUUCCCUAUCGCAUGCUGCUUGUUCAUUCAGAGCUUCACCCUCAGUUGCAGCUCUUGCUGAUGCUGCAGAUUCAUACCAUUCUAUGCCUUUAUCAAUGCUUGAGCAUGCUCAGCCAUCAACUUCAAAUGGGAGUCUCACGGAGCAUCAAGUUGAUAGUUGUUCUAAUAAUUAUCAUAACUCGCCAGGCCGGUUAUCUGAAGAAAUGAUCAAGUGCAUUUCAGCCAUAUAUUCUCAGCUUGCUGAUCCGCCUUUCUUCAGCCAUAAUUUAAGUUCGUCUCCCAUCUCAGUCUCAUCGUCAACACUGGAAUCUUUUCCACAAAAUCAGAGUGAUAUGAAUCAAUGCAUAGAAACUUCAUCAUCUGAUUCGUUGAACAAUCCGUUCCACUUUGAAGACUCGAAGGGAUUUAUCGGAUUCCUUGUUAGAAUGGUUGAGGUGCAAGGGCUUUGUCGAGAUAGUCACAGCUUAGAUGGUGUUGAGGAAAUGCUAAAACAAUUUAGGUAUCUAGUCACAAAGUUGGAAGAAGUUGCUCCUAAGGAAAUGAGACAUGAAGAGAAACUAGCUUUUUGGAUUAAUGUCCACAAUGCACUAGUAAUGCAUGCAUUUUUGGUUCAUGGGAUUCCAAAAAGUAAUCUCAAGAGAGCAUCUUUACUUCUAAAGUCAGCUUACAAUAUUGGAGGGAGUACAGUAAGUGUAGACAUGAUUCAGAAUUCUAUACUACAAUGCCAGUUGCCUCGUCCCGGUCAAUGGCUACAAUCAUUGUUCUUUACGAAACAAAGAUUUAAGGCUGGCGAUGCACGAAAGGGAUAUGCAAUAGAGCAUCCAGAUCCUCGUCUACGCUUCGCUCUCUGCACAGGAAACCAUUCUGAUCCUGUGCUUCGUUUGUACACAUCUAAGAGAGUGUUUGAAGAACUAGAAGUGGCUAAAGAUGACUACAUUCAGGCAAAUAUAAGGGUACAGAAAGAACAGAAAUUAGUCCUUCCAAAGAAUGUGGAAUCUUAUAUAAAAGAGGUGAAUUUGAGCCCAUCUGGUUUGUUCGAAACGAUAGAGCUAGCAUUACCUUCUUAUUUGAGGAAGAAAUUUCAGCAGCCAGCGCAACGGAAGUUGUGGAAGAAAAUUGAUUGGAUUCCUCACAACUUCACUUUCCGUUACCUUAUUUCAGGUGAAUUGGUUGAGUGAGUACUGUCACAGUUUUGAAUGUCAGAUGAAUCACAAUCAAACCUGUUUGAAUAGCAGCUUUGAGAAUAAAGUAACUUAAGAUCAUGAAUAUGUUAAAAGGGGUAAUUCAGAUUGAGAAGUGGUUCAAUUUUGUGGAAAUUUUUUAGCUGCCUGUGUAACAAAGUGCUAUAGUUGUGAUUCAACUGUCAUUCCUAAUGAGUGUGUAACAAGUGGUUCAACUUUGUUGGAGUUUCUUUGGAUAUAGUAGCUCCAAACAGAUCAAUGGUAUGCAAAAGCCUAAUGGCACUAUAAAGCAAGUGAGAUUGUAAAUUAUGAACACCAUUUCUGGUUAUUUUUGUUUGCUUGC